GGGUUUGAAUUAUAAAAAUGAAUUACCUAUUCAAAAAUUAAAUAUAAAAUAUUGAGCAAAAGAAGCAGCACUCAGAAGAACAGGCACGAUGUGAUUAGAAUGUGUCCAUGCGCACGUGGUUCCUGGUGCAGGCAAGGCUGAGCUGCGCUGUCCAGGUAAAUGGAAGAGCUGGAGACCAGUUUAUUUCAGACACGGAAAGCACACAGAAUAGAACAAAUGGUGGCAAGAUGGCUUCGGCGCUCCCGGGACAGCUCGGCCCGGGCUAAAGUGGCUGCAGCUGAUGGGCCCCCCGGGAUCACAACCCAGACCCUUACCCCUGUGAAACACACGGUAAAAAUAGAAAAAGACGCCCUCCUCCAGGACUAUGGAUUUCACAUUUCUGAGAGCCUUCCCCUCACAGUGGUGGCCGUCACAGCAGGGGGCUCUGCUCACGGCAAGCUUUUCCCCGGUGAUCAGAUCCUGCAGAUGAACAAUGAGUUUGCUGAAGACCUUUCCUGUGCACGAGCAGUCGAUAUUCUGAGGGAAGCUGAAGAUUCUCUUUCAAUCACAGUUGUUCGCUGCACAUCGGGAGUCCCCAAGUCAUCCUUCCUGACUGAGGAGAAGAGAGCCAGGCUGAAGAUCAACCCUGUGAAGGUGCACUUUGCUGAGGAAGUGCUCGUCAGUGGACACAGCCAGGGUAAUUCUCUGCUGUGUAUGCCCAACGUGCUCAAGCUAUACUUGGAGAAUGGACAGACCAAAGCUUUCAAGUUUGAGGCAAACACAACAGUCAAGGACAUCAUCCUCACAGUGAAGGAGAAGCUGUCGAUCCGAAGCAUCGAGUACUUCGCGCUGGCUCUGGAAGAGCAGUACAGCAUCUCCCGCCUGCGCCUGCUGCACGAGGAGGAGCUCAUCCAGCAGGUGGUAGAAAGAGAGGAGUCACGUGACUACCGCUGCCUCUUCAGGAUGUGUUUCGUUCCCAGAGACCCCCUGGACCUCCUGAAAGAAGACCCCGUGGCCUUUGAAUACCUCUAUCUGCAGAGCUGCAGUGACGUGCUCCAGGAGCGCUUUGCCGGAGAAAUGAAGUGCAGCGCUGCACUCCGCCUCGCGGCCCUGCACAUCCAGGAGCGGAUCUACGCCUGUGCCCAGCCCCAGAAGAUCUCUUUGAAGUACAUAGAGAAAGACUGGGGAAUAGAGAACUUUAUAUCUCCAACUUUACUCCGAAACAUGAAAGGCAAAGACAUCAAGAAAGCCAUUAGCUUCCACAUGAAGAGGAACCAGAAUCUGCUGGAACCCCGACAGAAGCAACUUAUUUCUGCUGCCCAGCUACGUUUAAAUUAUCUACAGAUCCUUGGGGAACUCAAAACGUAUGGUGGGAAAAUCUUUAAUGCCACUUUAAUGUUACAGGAUAGAGAAUCCUACAUUGCCCUUCUGGUUGGAGCCAAGUACGGGAUUAGCCAAAUUAUCAAUAGCAAACUCAACAUCAUGUCCACGUUGGCAGAGUUUGCGAACAUCAGCCGCAUAGAGCUGACAGAAGAGUCUGAGAAAGUGAGCAUGGUCAAACUGUAUCUCCAGGACGUCAAGGUCCUGACUUUGCUACUGGAAUCCAACAGUGCAAAAGACCUAGCCUGCCUGAUUGCUGGGUACUACAGGCUGUUGGUCGACCCAGUUACCUCCAUUUUCCUCUGGCCAGGAAACAAACAACAGGUGCACCGGGUAUCUGCUGAAGAAGGCUACGAAUCCAGGCCAUGCAGUGACUCCGAGGAGUCCUCCGAAGUGGACUGCGGGCUGGAGCUGCUCUCUGACAGAUGCCUGCCAGAGCUGGGCCCCUGCAGACCACUCGUAAAAGAGGAGCCGCCUCCUGGGGACAGCCCCACGCCUGAGGUGGCUGGGAGAGGCCCGAGCACCUGUGGGGCCAGCAGCAUGACGGACAGCGCCGAGUCUGAGGCAUCCGACUCGGCCAACACGGAGAGCCGGGGCUGCAGGACCAGUGGCUCCAGCGAGUCCAUGGAUGCCCUGGAAGAGGACGACCUGGAUGCCUGCUCGUCCAGCAGGUCUGGCUUCUUCCCCUUUGACUCGCCAGGCUUCCUGGAGAGUCUCGAUUCCGACAGCCAAGGGGAGAGAAGCAGGAUCGAAACCAGCGGCUUCCUCUGUCUCCUGGACCUGGCCCAGAGAGCCAACCCUCUGUGCCAGAAGGCGGAGUUUCCUGAGAGCCCCGCUCCCGAGACAUUCAGCUGGGGACCAGAGCUGAGUGCGGGCCGGCUGGACCCCAGGCUGUACGAGGGCAGCCUGACCGACUACUAUAGCCUGUGCUCCGGCGUCUCCCCAGCCAGCCACCUGAGCGACAGCUUGGAGAGCACAGCCGCCCGUCAGGGCCGGGGCCUGUCAGCCUGGGGGCCGCAGGGCUGGACUGAGCCCCAGCCCGGCUCCACGCUGGAAGCUCUGGGCCCACACCUGCUGCUGGCCUUUGAGGAUGGCAGCUCGGAUGAGGAAUACUAUGAUGCAGCUGACAAGCUCACACCCCCAGACGCACUCUCAGGGCCCAGACCUGUUUCUCCUGAAGAACCCAGUGUCACAAGCUUGCAGAAUAAGGCUAGUACCUGCAGCCUUGAGGACAGCCUGAAUCCCGGGCCAGAUGGAAGAGAGCCAAGCAGAAGGAGAGGGGUGAAGAAGUAUGCCAAGACCCUGAGGAAAAGGAGGUCUUUCCUCCAGACCGACUACACGUGUCAGGUCUCAUUUCCCCUGGUGCUGUCAGCCUCCCUGGAGAGCAUGGACGAUGUGUGCUACUACAACAGGGAGCCCUACCUGGCCCUCAGUGCACCCUCCCCGACUGUGUCCUCUCUGCAGGACGUGCAGGGUGAGCCUGGCCUCCUGGAGACCAAGGCCCUGGGGCUGCUGGCUUCCCUGAGGGAGACCAAGAGCAAAAACCCAGCCUCCCGAGUCAUGGAGAUGGAGCCCGAGACCAUGGAAACCAAGUCGGUCAUCGACACGCGAGUGUCUUCUAUUUCUGCCAUUCGCCUCCGGAUUGACCCCAACCAGAAAGAGAGUUCUGGGGUUGCCCCUCUGACUGCUGCUGUUGCCAGUUCCCCAGCAAGCACCCCUCUCUGUUCCAACCCAGGUUCAGCUGGCCCAGAUACUGCUCAGGCAGGGCCUUCCCAAACCUUACUUCCAUUUCAAGACUUGGGUGGCAGUGCGUCCAAGGGACUUGCCAUAGAGCUUGGGGACAGCACCUCCUCCCUCUCCAGUGCUGACGCGAACCCAGACAGAGUCUGCCUGACUAUCAGCCCAGAGCCACGUAGUGUCUCUCGAGGAGACACACUAGAGCCAGGAGGAGUCCAGUUGGAAAUGGGGUUGCGAUCUUUGUUUACAAAUCACAUGCAAGAACCUGCCCCCAAAUACACAAAGCCUUUGUUGUCUCCUCGAGACAGGCCUAGAAGUGAUGCAUGUGGAAUAAAUUCAGGAGAGAAGAUGGCUGCUUCCCCUACAGAGGAGGAGCAACAAGGACAACUGUCUUUGGAACAUGAUGGAGAAGUUAAAAAUGAAAAUGGCACCAACGUAUGUCAUGAUGAAUCUGGGGAGGGUUCAGGUCACCCCAAGGGUGAUGUGUCAAAUGCUGUUCCACAGACUAUUGGUGCCAGUGCUCCAGCUGGUGGGGUGACAGCCUCUGUCUUCUUAGAGACUCCUGUCACAGGGACUGAGCAGACUCCACCGCAUUCCCCCACGGACCCCCAAGAACAAAGUGGAGAACCGCUAGGCCAAGCCUGCCAGACCCAAGAACAAAAACUUCUGGCAGAGCUGGAUUUAGACCCUGAUUUCUUGCUGAGGGACCAGACUAUUCUGUCAGCCUUUCCUCUGGAGGAGGUCAAGGCAGAGCCACUUAACCACGUGAUAGGGGAAGACACAGCCUCUGGGGACACUCCUCAGCAGGUCUCUUUUAAUCCAGGGCCUUCUCUGCCAAAGCCACUAUCAUGUCCCCAAGAGGAGCCCCACUUAGAAAGUUUAAACCAUUGUUCACUGUCAGAAAGCAAAGAAAAAAGCCCUCGCAUCUGCCUUCCUGCAGAGAACUCUUUCCUGUGCUUUGCCCCAGAAAGCCGUCCUCAAGCUGCUGCCACUGUCAGGACGGCCACGUCUUUGGGUUUUGCGGGUGUGAAUGAGACAGCAGCCCCCAGGAUUGGGAUGGAGCAGUGCGGCUGCCAGUUCUCCUAUGCCACAUGCUUCCGUGGCCUGCAGCCGGAGACGGAGGAAGAAGACAGGGACUUGGAAGCACACCCCACAGCCCCCCUCACCUCACCACCCUCUGCAGGAAGCCAGCUGGCCCUGCCCUGGAGGCCUGCUCGGGCCCACAGCUGCAGCAGCGGGCCACUGUUGAGGAACAGCCACUUCUGGGCGGACUACUGCUCCAAGGCUCUGAGACAGCUAAAAGCUGCCCCUACCAGCACCCCUGAGGGCUUCAUCCAGCUCACGGAGAGCUUGCUGGAAUUACAAGACAUUUUAGAAGUUUCCUGGGGGAAUGGGAACAAACACCCCCCAGAGAAGUGCACUUGGCACUUUUCUGAAAGCCGGAGCCACCUCUGCAUGGGCUCCCAGAAACUCCUGUCCAGCUGUCAGCAUGUGAUCAGAAUGGACCAGUCCCCCGAAGAGAUGCAGGGUGCCGUGCGUGACACCUUCCAGCACCUGGUCCAGCUGGCCGGCCUGUGCUUCCAGUUCACAGACUGCAGCCGCUGCGCCACCCGGCACAGGGAAGCGGCGGGGAACCUAAGGGACGUGGUCUACACCUACCACCAGUUUGUGAAGGCCGCUAAGCUGACCUGCGAGAGAGGCUACCACGACCUGAGUGUGAAACUCUUGGCCCGUCAGUGCACAGCCCUCACGGCCGCCGUGUUCUGUUUGACCCAGAAGUUCCGGGCAUCCGCUGCCCUGUGAGCAGGCCAGCUGCCCAGGCCCCUGCCCUGCCCUGGACACUUCCUUGAGAAGCCCCUUCCAUUCCUCCACCCACCCCUCUCAAUGUUUACUAUUUAGAAUAUUCAAAUAAAC